UUUUUUUUUAGUUUGUUUUCCUUUUCUUUCUUUCUAUAAAUACAGCUUCUUUUUAUCAUGCCCAACUUUGAAAUCGAUAUUAAACGUUUUCAUAAAAGAGCUAAAUUUCUUAUUUCUCAGUGGAAAAGUCCUACAAAUACCGAACUAUUUCAAAAUACGGACGCUAUUCUUAUUCUUGUUGGUGAAGACGAUGACGAAAAUCCCUAUAGAAAAUCAACUACAACUCAAACUUGGUUAGUUGGUGCACCUUUCUUUCAUACUCUUAUGCUAUUGACUCCCGAAAAGAUCACAUUUGUUUGUAGUCAGAAAAAAGCUAAUAUAUUUGAUAAACUAAAGAAUGGAUCAAUACCUGUUGAUGUCAUUCGACGUGGAAAGAAUGUUGAAGAAAACUUGCCUAUAUACCAACCACUAGUGGAUUCAUUGGAUGGAAAUCGAGUAGGUGUUAUAGUCAAGGAUCGAUAUAAGGGAAACGUUGUGGAUGAAUGGACAAAAGUUCUAUCAAAUUCAGGAAAAUCAUAUGAACAAGUCGAUAUUGCACCUGCUAUCUCUGCCUGUAUUGCUGUCAAGGAUGAUGAAGAAUUGCGUAACAUGCGAACUGCUGCCAAGGUUACGUCAAAUAUUAUGAAACAUUAUUUUACCGAAGAAAUGUCCAAAAUUAUUGAUGAAGAAAAAAAGGUGUCUCAUGAAAAACUAGCUGAUAUGACCGAAGCUGCUUUAGAAGAUCCCAAGAUUGAAAAACGUAUUCGACUUCCUGCUGAAAUUGACGAUAAAGAUGAUCUCGAUUGGUGCUAUACUCCUAUCAUUCAAAGUGGUGGCAAUUACGAUUUACGUACAUCAGCAGUCUCUGAUAACAAACCUUUACGUAGUGGUGUUAUUUUAUGUUCUUUGGGUGUUCGUUACAAAUAUUAUUGUUCCAAUAUCGGUCGUACCUAUUUAAUUGAUCCCACCAAAACUCAAGAAAAGAAUUAUGAAUUUUUAUUGGAUUUACAACAACGAGUGAUGGAAACUAUACGUGAUGGUGUCAAGAUCAAAGAUGUUUACAACAGAGCACUGGCUUAUAUCAAAAACAAACGUCCUGAUUUGGAAUCUCACUUUACUAAGAACGCUGGCUUUGGUAUGGGUAUUGAAUUCAGAGAAUCAAAUUAUGUCUUGACUGGCAAAAGUGUAAGGGAACUCAAGAACAACAUGGUACUCAACCUAUCUCUUGGUUUCGCUGAUUUGGAAAACACACAAACAAAUUCUGGUGAUACUCGCGCACAAAAGUACUCUCUGUUAUUAAUCGAUACUAUUCGGGUUACCAAUGAAUUACCAAUUACUUUGACAGAAUGUAGCAAACGAUUGAAUGAAGUCUCCUACUUUAUGAAAGAAGAAAGUGAAGAUGGUGAUCAAGAAAUGGCCAACAACGACGAUAAUUAUAAACAAUCCAAAACCCAACACUCUUCUUCAGCUAUCUCAACAUCAUCACCCUCUCAACGUUCUGGUUUGCCACUGAAGAAAGAAGGUGUAUCGAAAACAGCCAUCCUACGUAGCAAAUUCCGAAGUGAGGAACAGGAUGAUGAAUCCAAGGAACAAAAACGCAAGGAACAUCAAAAGGAUUUAUUUGCUCAAAAACAAGCUGAAGGUCUCAAACGAUUCUCUGAAGAACAACAAAACGACAAAGAUGAUAAUAAGACUGUCUUCCGCAAAUUUGAAAGUUAUAGAUCUGAAGCAAAGUUACCUCGCGAAGUACGGGAUCUUAGGAUCAUUGUUGACAAACGAAAUGAUACGGUGAUUCUUCCUAUCUAUGGUAUGGCGGUACCUUUCCACAUUUCUACUCUGAAAACUGCAAGUAAAAGUGAUGAAGGUGAAUUUGUCAUGUUACGUUUCAACUUUGUUACCCCAGGUCAAGCAGGAAACAAAAAGGAAGAUUUGCCUUUUGAUGAUGCCAAUGCUACCUUUGUACGUGCUCUUACCUUCCGUAGUGCCAAUACAGCAAGAAUGGCUGAAAUUUAUCGUGAUAUUACUGAAUUGAAAAAGGAGGCUGUCAAAAAGGAAGCUCAACGUAAAGAAAUGGCAGAUGUGGUAGAACAGGAUAAUCUUAUCCUAGUCAAAGGACGACGACCGUUACGACUACCUGAAGUAUAUGUUCGACCUCAAUUGGAUGGCAAGCGUUUACCUGGUGAACUGGAAAUUCAUACCAAUGGUUUACGAUAUCAAUCUAUCCGAUCUGAUAAUUCCUUCAACGUGUUGUUUAGCAAUGUCAAACAUCUUUUUUUUCAACCAUGUGACAAUGAACUAUUGGUUUUGAUUCAUAUUCACUUUAAGAAUCCAGUGUUGAUUGGCAAGAAAAAAACAAAGGAUAUUCAAUUUUACCGUGAAGCAUCCGAUAUACAAUUCGAUGAAACUGGUAACAAACGUAGACGACAUAUAUAUGGUGAUGAAGAUGAAUUGGAAUCAGAACGUGAAGAACGAAGGCGACGGGCAAAUCUCAAUCAAGAAUUUAAAGGAUUCGCUGAAAAGAUUGCUGAAGCUAGUGAUGAUCGUAUUGAAGUAGAUAUUCCAUUCCGAGAACUUGGAUUCCAAGGUGUACCAUUUCGAUCUAAUGUCUUAUUACAACCUACAACUGAUUGUUUGGUCCAUUUAUCCGAUCCUCCCUUCCUGGUGAUUACUCUUAGUGAAAUUGAAAUCGCCCAUUUGGAACGUGUCCAGUUCGGUCUCAAGAAUUUUGAUUUAGUAUAUGUCUUCAAGGAUUUCCAACGACCUCCUAUACAAAUCAAUACUAUCCCCAUGAGUCAGUUGGACAAUGUGAAGGAAUGGUUAAAUUCUGUAGAUGUGGCAUUUACUGAAGGACCUGUGAACUUGAAUUGGAGCAUGAUUAUGAAGACGGUCAAUGACAAUCCUGCCGAUUUCUUCAAGAAUGGUGGUUGGAACUUCUUAUCCCCUGAUUCGGAUGAUGAAGGUUCUGGUGAAGAAUCCGAAGCAGAAAGUGAAUUUGAAAUUAGCUCUGAAGAAUUAGAAGAAAGUUCAAGUGAUGAAAGUGAUUUCGAAUCGGAAGUAGCAUCUGAUUCAGAAGAAGAGGAAGAGGAAAUGUCAGAAUCUGGUGAAGAUUGGGAUGAGAUGGAAGAAAAAGCAAGGAAAGCUGACGAACGAAAACUCAAACGUGGAGGUGACAAUCAUUCUGCUGCCCAACGAAAGAAAGUUCGACGUUGAUUUAGGAUCCCGCCCUACAAAAAAAAAUUUUCUAUCGACACGCACUCAACACACACAUCACACAACUUUAUGUUAGCUGUUAGAAAAAGCCUCUUUUUUUUUUUAUAUAAAAAUUGUUUGUUUUUUUUUUAUCUCCUCUCUUUUUUUCUUUUUCUUUUAUUUAUUUAUUUUCUUUUUAUAUAUAAUAAAAACAACUCUACUGUC